UCCAUGGAGUUAACUAUCCCAUAGUUUUGCUGACAGUUCAUAUGAACAAUCCCUGAUUUGCACCAGACAAUCAUCUCAGUGAACUGGAAGAGUCAAUGUAGCUUUUGAGGACAGAUGUUCUCUCCAGGCCCCAGCAGUUCUGGUGGAACGGCUAAUAAUGAGCUCAUUACUAUCUCCACUUGAACGUCACUGACUCUCAGGUCUGUGGCUGAGCUGUGCAUUCCAAGAAAAAAGGACUAAGCUUUGAAGAGAAGAGAGUUCGCAUGAUGGAGAUCUUUUUUGAAACAAAAGAUGUGUUCCAGUUGAAGGAUAUAGAGAAGAUUGCUCCAAAAGAAAAAGGGAUUACAUCCAUGUCAGUGAAAGAGAUUCUGCAAAGUUUAGUUGAUGAUGGCAUGGUGGACACUGAUAGAAUUGGAACUUCCAAUUAUUUCUGGGCUUUUCCAAGUAAAGCUCUUCAUGCCAGGAAGCGUAAACUGGAAGAACUGCAGUCACAGUUGGCUGAAAGCAGUCAGAAAAAAGAGUCUUUACAAAAAAGCAUUGAGAAAUCCAAAAUUGGACGUGAAGAUACUGCAGAACGUGCAGCUCUAAUAGAGGAACUUGCAGCUCUCCGGCAGAAAAAAGAGCGACUAAAGGCAGAAAUAGAUAAAUAUAGAGAGUGUGAUCCAGAUGUGGUUGAAGAAAUGCGCCAAACAAACAAAGUAGCCAAGGAGGCAGCCAAUAGAUGGACUGAUAACAUCUUUUCAAUAAAGUCCUGGGCCAAGCGUAAAUUUGGAUUUGAAGAGAGCAGAAUUGACAAAAGUUUUGGAAUCCCAGAAGAUUUCGAUUACAUUGAUUAAUGUUCAGCAGUUGAUUGCUGACACAAUUGUACAUAGUUUAUUAAAUAUUGCUUAGUUGGCAUUUAUACGUAUAUCUGAAUCCUCACCAAACAAACU